AUGCCUCGAGAAGUUGAUUUAUUGCCAUCGCCCACCGAGGGUACCCGGAAGGUCAAGGUUGUCGUCGCCAGUCCGAGUCGAUCAGGUACCCUUGGUCUGUAUACGGCGAUGCAGAUUCUAGGUUAUAACACAUAUCACAUUUAUGAAUGCGCCAUGAUAAACGGUCUAGACCAUCUCAAGAUAUUCAACGAAGGAAUGACCGCGCAGCACAAUCGACUUUCCGGAAUCAAACGAUUCGAUAAAGAUGAUUUUGACAAAUGGAUGGCGAAAUAUGAUUGUAUUGUUGAGAUCCCCAGCUACAUGGGCACAGAUUUCCUUGAGGCCUAUGCCCAAGAUCCGGACGUGAAAUUCAUUCUCACAGAGAGAGAUCCCCGAAAGUGGGCUCGCUCCGUGAACAAUACAGCGGGACAAGUAGUUCGCGCAGCGAACAAGUUUCCCUUGAAUAUUCUGAAGCACUUCGAGUCUACCUUGUACCACUUCUUUGGUAUGAAUACCCUGGUCUACCGUAUCCUGUCUGCAGGUACACAAAUAGGCGACAAGGACAAUGAGAAGGAGCUUGUCAAGUUUUAUGAAAACUACAUGAAAAUGGCCAAAGCAACCAUCCCAGCCGACCGGCUGUGUCUCAUUAAUCUGGACAAAGAUACGCUGGACUGGGAAACCAUUUGUCCUUUCCUCGAUGUUUCUAUUCCCAAGGAGGAUUAUCCCGGCCGUAACGAGCCCGAGAAGUUUGAGGCCAUGGUGAAAGGAUUCAUGGAUCCAAUUGUUAGGACUGCGAUGUUCAGAUUGGGGGCCACAAUUGUUGGAGUAUUGGGUAUAGGAUGGGCGGCUGUUCAGUAUGGGCCAUCAUUUUUUGCAUAA